AUGGAUAAUACAGGAAAAUUAGAAAAGUAGUUAGUUACAUUAAAUGAUGGUUUACCAAAGAAACCUGCCAAAGAAAUAAUUGAAGAAUUAAAGCAUCACUUGUAUUAGGAUUUUUAGAAAUUUUUUUCAGAAGAGAAGAAAUAGCAAUAUUAAAAUAAUUUCGCCCUUUUCGAUCGUGAUAAUGAUAAAUAUAUAAAUUUGAGUGAAUUAAAAGAACUGCUCACAUCUGUUAAUAUAACAUUUCCUGACGAUGAAUUAGAAGAGUUGUAUAAUGAGUUUUGCUUAACUUCUCCAGAAGCAGAUGGAAUAAACGAGGAUGCAGUUUUCAUCAUCGUCUCAAAAAAAAUAAGAGAUAACGAUAAAGAUGAAUAAUUAACAUAGGCAUUUAAACUAGUUGAAAAAGCAGUCAAUGAUGAGCUUGCUAAGACUCCUAAUGAAACCAAGGAAUAAGAGGGAUACAUAAGAGUAGAGUAGUUCAAGGAAUUGCUUAUGACUCUUGGAAAUAGAUGGAGUGAAGAGCAAGCAAAUGAAUUCUUAAAAGAUAUCAACCCUAAAAGUGAUGAGCGUAUAAAUUAUUUGGAUGUAGUAAAGAAACUUAUGAAGCGUUGA